GGCUGUGUAAACGGUAUGACGACAUUGGCUGUGACAUGCAGUUUUAAUGUGGGUGCUGCCAGUGCCAGACUCGUGCGAUUUAUGUGCAAGAGGCGUCCAGUCAAAUAUACACUGGAAGGUGGUGUGAGCAAAGGCACAUUGGUUACAGCUCGCGGAACACAUUUGAAAAUUAACAAGAAUAAUCAAAACAAAAUGGCAGCCCCCGAAGAUAUCCAGGUCAAGGAGCUUGACAAGCGAGCCUCUGGCCAGGCCUUUGAGGUACUCCUCGGUACCCCGACACCAGACGGUAAGGGUGACUUCCCCUUGGCUCCACCAAAGAAAAAGGAUGUCUCACUGGAGGAAAUUCAGAGGAAGCUGGAUGCUGCAGAAGAAAGGCGCAAGAAUCACGAAGCUGAGGUUUUGAAACAUUUAGCAGAAAAACGUGAACAUGAAAAAGAAGUGCUGCAAAAGGCUAUGGAAGAGAACAACAAUUUCAGCAAAAUGGCAGAGGAGAAACUCAAUCAAAAAAUGGAAGCCAAUAAAGAUAAACGCACAGCAAUGAUGGCAGCAAUGAAUGAAAAAUUCAAAGAAAAGGACAAAAAAUUAGAGGAGGUGCGAAAGAACAAGGAAACCAAUCAAGGCAACUUGGAAGAAGAUACUCCAGAAGACUGAAUUAUAUCUCAACCCUCAAUUACGUAUAUAAUGUGAAUGCAUUCAUCUCAGUGUUUUUUUUUUCUUAUAAUUUAUUUUGUUGAUGUUAGCCAGUAUAUAUAUGUGUGUACUUACCUCUUGAAGUAAGUGUUUUUUUGUUUUGUUUUUUACCUUCUCAAGAUAGACACACAUUUGUGCUUAUUUUGAGUGGCUCUCACAUUAGCAAGGGCGUAGAUUUGCACAGGGACGGUAGGGACAUAACAUUACCAACUUUUCAGGAUGCUCAAAUUGCCCCCAAAAAGGUCAUUUAGAUUGUCUUACCAUAUGUUGUAAGGAUAGAAUAGACCCUACUAUUAUAAAGUGAAUUAUUUUCAUUAUGUUCAGACUUUCAUUUAUCUCUUUUCACUUGCUGAAUAUGCCAGUUAAUUAUUUUUCCCUCAAACGCAUGUUUGAUUGGCUGAUGACUUGAACCCACCCCCCCCACACACACACACUCACACUCACACAGCUCCGACCAAUUCAUGUCGACAAAUUGCCGCCGCCUCCUCUGCCCCCUUCGUAGAUGUUUUUUUUUUAAUUUGGGGGGGGGGGGGGCAGCAGCAGCCACUGUUAAUAAUGUAAAAAGACCUCAAUAUUGUGGAGUUGAAGGAAACAUCACUCAUUUUGCUUCUGAAAGUCCAAACUGCAUCAGAGUUAGCAUAACAUUAAACUGUGUGAACUCACUACUGAAAUACUACUACUGAAACUAAUGCGGUCAGGCUAGCCUCCACAAGGAACAACGAAGUCAAUCUAGCCAUCCCUCAUUUGGAUCAUUGUUUCCAUUACGUGCAUUAGGCUAAUGCAAUGCGGUGGUUUCAGAGGGUAAGUCCCUUCAUUAAAAAAAAAAAAAAAAAAAAGAAAACGGGGAGCUAUCCCAGAAUGUGUCCACUUCAAGGGGACACGGACAUGAACAUGAACUGACAUGAAAAAGAUCUGUGAAAUGAAAU